AACACUUCAUUCAAUAUAAACUUAUUUUAAUAUAUCUGAACCUUAUUUCCAACUAUAACGUGACAACAGUAUUAGCAAAUCUAGUUUUAAGUGCAUCUAAAGUAGAAAGUUAAGUGAAAUGGUUGAAAUGGUAGAAACAAAAUAUUAUUCUAUUGAUGAAAUAGCCAAACAUGAUGGAAGCGAUGGAAACCGAAUUUGGAUCAUCAUUAAAAAAAAUGUUUACGACGUCACCGAAUACAUUACCGAACAUCCUGGGGGAACAGACGUUAUAAAAGAAUGGGCUGGAAAAGACGCAACCAAAGAAUUUAAUAAUAUCGGCCAUUCGUCAGAUGCUAAAAACAAACUUAAGACAUUAAAAGUUGGUGAAGUUAAUGAAGAAGAGGGAAAAAGUGCAUCGAAUAACAACAAAGAGAAUAAUCAAUUAGGAAUAAAUGCGGCAGAAGGAUCUUCGGAUAUCAAAUAUUACACCCUAGAAGAAAUAUCCAAAUACGACGGUAAACAAGACCCAAGAACGUGGAUAAUUAUAAAGGAUAUGGUGUACGAUGUCACAGAUUAUCUAGAUGAUCAUCCUGGAGGAGGAGAUUUAAUAACAGAGUGGGCAGGUAAAGAUGGCACCAAAGACUUUGAUGACUUCGGACAUUCUUCGGAUGCCAAAAAGGAACUGAAAACGCUAAAAAUUGGUGAAGUUGUUGCAGAUCAAAGAAAAACAAAACCUAAGAAAGUAACUAAAAACAAUCAAGGGAAGAAACAAGAUUCUAACGGGAUAAAUUCAGCGGAUUUUAGAGCUCAUAGAAGCUGCAUUUCAAUAAUUACUUGUGGAAUUCUCUCAUAGAUAUAAUCCUAUACUAGGGAAAAUUUAAUGUUUAAAGGAAUUACAUGUAAGUCGAAUUUGGAUCAUUAUUAAAAAAAUGUUGACGACGUCACUGAUUACAUUAACGAACAUCCUGGGGGAGCAGACGUUAUAAAAGAAUGGGCUGGAAAAGCCGCAACCAAAAAAUUUAAUAAGAUCGGCUAUUCGUCAGAUCCUAAAAACAAACUCAAAACAUUAAAAAUUAUCGAAGUUAAUGAAGAAGAGGGAAAAAGUGCAACGAAUAACAACAAAAGAAAAUAAUCCAUUACAAAAGAAUGCGGUAGAGGAAUCUUCAGAUAUCAAAUAUUACACCCUGGAAAAAAUAUCCAAAUACGACGGUAAACAAGACGCAAGAACGUGGAUAAUUAUAUGUUAAGGAUAUGGUGUACGAUAUCACAGAUUAUCUAGCUAGAUGAUCUUCCAAAGAAGGUACCAAAGACUUUGAUGACUUCGGACAUUCUUCGGAUGCCAAAAAGGAACUGAAAAAGCUAAAAAUUGCUGAAGUUGUUGCAGAUCAAAGAUAAAGAAAACCUAAGAAAGUAACUAAAAACAAUCAAGGGAAGAAACAAGAUUCUAACGUGAUAAAUUCUGUGGAAUUUAGAUCAUAAUAGUCCAUGUGGUGAGACCGCUGACCGCUCCCGUCUGAAAAAAAAUUCUGAUUCGGUUUCUUUGUGGAUUCCUAUUUAAAAAUGUCCCCUUUAAACAAAUCUGAAGGGUGC